AGUUGCACCACUCUCCACUCAAAAGUUUGCUCCCACUAGCUCCUCUUUUUGAUUCUCUCUCCUCAAAAUUCCCCUCUUUUUUGUUCUUUGGGAUUCUUUUCUUUUUGGGGUCCGACCUAGAUUUUGAAUUUGUGGGGCACUGGGGUUUUUCGCUUUGUGAACUGGGUCUGUGGAGGAGCCGUAUUUGCAAGGGUUCCCAAGCCAAGAAAUCCCUUCAAUGGCGCUCAUUCUCCUCUUUUUCCUUCUAGCAGUGUCUGUAGUUUCUGCUGAUGAAGCUGCAUUCAUUGGUGUAAACCUUGGUACAGACCUUACUGAUAUGCCCAGCCCAACUCAGGUAGUUGCACUUCUUAAAGCUCAAAAUAUUAGACAUAUCAGGCUGUAUGAUGCCGACCGUGCGAUGCUUGUUGCACUUGCCAACACAGGCAUUCAGGUGACUGUUUCCGUGCCCAACGACCAACUUCUCGGAAUUGGCCAGUCCAAUGCGACUGCAGCCAACUGGGUUGCUCGGAAUGUCAUUGCCCAUGUUCCUGCCACCAACAUCACAGGCAUAGCCGUUGGCGCCGAAGUUCUUACCUCUCUUCCAAAUGCUGCCCCAAUCCUCGUCUCGGCCCUAAAAUUCAUUCAGUCUGCCCUUGUUGCGUCUAAUAUAGAUCGCCAAAUUAAAGUUUCUACCCCGCAUUCUUCUUCCAUUAUUCUUGACUCGUUCCCACCAUCCCAGGCCUUUUUUAACCGUUCAUGGGACCCUGUCAUGGUACCGUUGCUUAAAUUUUUGCAGUCCACUGGGUCUUAUCUCAUGCUUAAUGUGUAUCCAUAUUAUGAUUACAUGCAAUCGAAUGGUGUGAUUCCCUUGGACUAUGCACUUUUUCGACCCCUCCCUCCGACCAAGGAAGCUGUUGAUGCCAAUACCCUCUUGCACUAUACGAAUGUCUUUGAUGCAGUUGUUGAUGCUGCGUAUUUUGCAAUGUCGGAUUUAAACUUCACUAACAUACGAGUUGUUGUGACGGAGUCAGGCUGGCCAUCCAAGGGCAAUGCAUCGGAGCCAGAUGCAACUUUAGAUAAUGCUAACACCUACAACAGCAACUUAAUCAGACAUGUUCUUAACAACACUGGAACGCCCAAGCAUCCUGGAGUUCCUGUUAGUACCUACAUAUACGAGCUCUACAACGAGGAUUUAAGACCCGGUUCGGUCUCGGAGAAGAACUGGGGUCUCUUCAAUUCAAAUGGGUUGCCAGUUUAUGUCCUACACUUGACUGGUGCUGGUGCUGUCUUGGCAAAUGAUACCACAAACCAGACAUUUUGUGUUGCACGAGAUGGUGCAGAUCGUAAGUUGCUGCAGGCAGCACUGGAUUGGGCUUGUGGACCAGGAAAAGUCGAUUGCUCCCCGCUACUGCAGGGGCAGUCAUGUUAUCAGCCAGAUAAUGUCAUUGCUCAUGCAACCUAUGCUUUCAAUUCAUAUUACCAGAAAAUGGCAAAGUCACCAGGGACAUGUGAUUUCAAAGGAGUGGCUAUCAUCACCACCACAAACCCAAGUCACGGCACCUGUAUAUUUCCGGGAAGUACUGGAAACAAUGGCACUUUAGUAAAUAGCACAUCCUUGGCUCCAUCCUCAAAUUCUUCUGAUUCAGCUGGAGGCUGCCUUCCAAAGUAUCUCUAUGGCAGCACCCCUUACACCAAUUCAAUUAUCUUGUAUGUUUUAUUAAUGGCUUUGGCAUUCUUGUGAUGAUGCUGCUGCAUUGUUGUAUUUAUAUUCAUGCAUCUCCAUGACGGUUUCGGGUUUGUCGAACUGCUUCCCUUGGCUCUCCAUGCUUGUAGCAUAAUUUAACCAGUUUUGUUCGGCCAAGGGCAGACGGGCGGGGUUUGGUCGGUGAAUGUGGCUGAUGUCAGUUCGGGUUCGAUGAGCGAUCGUAUGGAUUUUGUAGAGAGAAAAAUCAAAUGAUUAUUUGGGAGUUUCUUGUGUAACUAUGUAUCAUCCAUCAUCAUGCCUUGGAGUAAUUACAUUCUUUGGAGUUUGGAUUUUGAAGGGCAGUCUCCAUGUUUACUGUUUAGCAAGUUUGUUGGGAAUUAGGAUCUUCAAUUUAAUCACUCAAAAUGUUAAAGUUGAAGCCUUUUUUUUU